AUGGAGAUGUUUGGAGAGCUGAAGACCAUCUUCGAGUCUCAGGGAUUGUCAUUCCCUGAUAUGCCGGGGAGUACGAUGAGUGAAGAGAGAAGGGACAGCUUCGCUUGUACUGCAGCGGGUGCUUCUCAGAGUAGAGGGACAGAGAGGGCAAUUGUGCCUACAUCAGUGGAGCCGGAUACGAUAGAUGGCUUGGCUCGUCCGACCCGAUGCAGUCUUCUCGUGCAGCUGGUCGGAGAUUCAUCUUUCAUGGAGGUCGGGAACGGGCUUGUGUAUCCCGGUAUGUCCCAGCUUGAAGGUGUCCAGGUCAGGGCUGAUUGUGCUGUGGUCAAGAUUGACUACGUGCAUGAGUUUGCUAAGAAUAUCAAGCUGGAGGUGCCACCAGAUGACAUGACCACCACUUUGCGGGAUGCAGUUGCGAGAAGGGUUCAGUGGCGGAGAGCUGGUAUUCAUAUUGAUCCAGCAGAUGCAGAUUCAGUACCGACCAGUCAACCUCAGCCACAGAGUGCUGCAGUGCCACCGACGUUUUCUGAGCCAUGCCCACAGCUGCCGGAUACACGGGAAUCGUUAUCGGAACCGCAUCCUCCUGUCCCUACUCAGCCUCAGGUUACCCCCCCUCCACCUGUUCCGACAGAGCCAGCUACCGCUCCCAAGAAGCCAAGCAAGGCUAAUCCUGUGAGGAAGAAGCAGAGUAGGCCGAUGGCGACGAAGCGGGAGAUCUCAGAGGGUAAGAAAAAGGUGGAGCGGAUAAAACAACCGGUCACAAGGGCUUACACUUCUGAGAAUCCAAAGUACAGGGUUGGAAAGGCCUUGCUUAGUGUAUCUGAGCUUCGGGCAGCAGGUCCAUAUUGUAUGGACCUGCACAAGUACUACAUGCAAAAUGUCAAUCAAGCCGAGGAAAUCAUGGUGUCAUACGAAGAGCGGCACUUUCUGCAGCUUGAGGGCAACAGCAACAUCUUUAUUGCACAUGCAACAAGAGACAAGGCGUCGAACCGGAAAGAAGUGUGGGUACAUUGA